AUGCCUGAUAAAGUACUAGGUAUGACUCCACACAAGGACCCAACCACCAUAACCAUACUCAUGCAAGAAGACAACAUUCCCGGAUUACAGGUUCGACAAGGAAGAGAAUGGGUGCCUGUGAAUCCAAUUCCAAACACUCUCGUUGUGAAUGUUGGAGAUACAUGGAGUACUGGGAUGUACAAGAGCGUUGAACACAGAGCUGUGACAUCCCACAGUAAGGCAAGGUUAUCUUAUGUAACAGGUCUUUCUCCACAUGAGGAUGUGGAAGUAGAACCGUUUGAUCACAUUCUGGUGGAGGCAACAGCAGGAUCUCUUCAGGCUUACAAGAAAGUCAGAUAUGGAGAUUACCGGAGGCAACCCUUGGAGAAGAAAAUCGAGGGGAAGCAAUUCAUUCAAAUGGCCAAGAUUGAGAGUUGA